AUCCAGACUUAAGAGAUGCUCCUGUUGUUUCUUUUCUUGGCUUCUCUCCACCUCUGGAAUAUUGGCCAGACCAAUGCACGAUCAUCUAGUACCCAUGAGUUCAACAAGGGCUUGGAAUGGUUGACUCGCUAUGGCUAUCUUCCUCAACCAGACCCUCGGGCGGCUCGUCUUCAAACCCGAGAAGAACUUGCCAGUGCGAUCAAAACAAUGCAAAGAUUUGCAGGACUUCCUACCACUGGUGAGCUGGACAAAAAGACUUUGGACAUGAUGAACAAGCCUCGCUGCUCCCUUCCUGACAUCAUUGGCACCUCUGAGCUGAUGCGUCGCCGGCGCAGGAGACGUUACGCACUCAGUGACAGCAUCUGGAAAAAGACAGAUUUGACAUGGAAUGUACGUUCCUUUCCCAGAGCAUCACAGCUAUCUCAAGAACACAUCCGGAAUAUUAUUUACUAUGCCUUGAGGGCUUGGAGCAAUGCCUCAGCUUUGAUCUUCAGGGAAGGAUCCUCUGAACAAGCUGACAUCUUGGUGGAUUUCACACAGUCUUAUCAUCAAGAUAGUUACCCCUUUGAUGGUCCUGGAGGCACCCUGGCCCAUGCUUUCUUUCCUGGCGAACAUCCCAUUUCUGGGGAUACUCAUUUUGAUGAUGAAGAGAUGUGGAUUUAUGAUCCAGAGAAUAACUUUCAAGGUCGUGGCACGGAUCUGUUUGCUGUAGCAGUGCAUGAGUUUGGCCAUGCCUUGGGAUUGUCUCACUCAUCAGCCAAGGAGUCCAUCAUGAUUCCAUAUUACCAGGGCCCCGUUGGGUUGCCCCAUCAGUACCAGCUCCCUCUAGAUGAUGUCAUGGGAAUUGAACAGCUUUAUGGGAAGCGCCGACUUGGGUCCCAUCCAGAUCAAAAUGGCCCACAAUUACCACCCCCCACAGCUCCUCCCAUCCCUGACUUUCCACCGUACCAGCCCACAUAUGGACCGCGCUUACUGUCACCUGAUCGUUGUAAAGCCCAUUUUGAUGCAAUUGCAAACAUCCGUGGGGAAGUGUUCUUCUUUAAGGAGAAGCAUUUCUGGAGGAUGCAACCCGCCCGGAAUCUGGUUUCACUGGAGCCAGCCCAGAUUCUCCGGUUCUGGAAUGGCCUUCCCCAGGAUUUCAAGGCCAUAGAUGCUGUGUACGAACGUGCCAAUGAUAGCCAGAUUGUGUUCUUCAUUGGAUCUUACUACUGGGUUUUCACUGAUACCCUGGUCAAUCCAGGCUACCCUCGUCCCUCAUCAGAUCUUGGCCUCCCUCCUGGUACUGUGAUAGGUGCUGCCUUUGUGUGGCCUCACAAUGGCAAGACAUAUCUCUUAGAGAAGGACCAAUACUGGCGUUAUGAUGAUCAGUUGGGUCAUGUGGAACCAGGGUACCCCAAGCCUGUCGCAUUAUGGAAAGGAGUACCUCCAGAUCUGGAUGAUGUCACACGUUGGAAUGAUGGCAACACUUAUUUCUUCAAGGAUACCCAGUACUGGCGUUUCACAGCUGGCAAUGUGGAAUCAGAUGCCAGCUACCCGCUCUCCACAGCCCAGGACUGGAUGUAUUGUCAGGGCCCUCAUACCUCCUCCCCUUCUGCCCCGAGGCGUGGAGAAGGUGGGAUGUGUCUCUGUGGGGGGACAUCCCUGAAGGUAGCUCCUCUCUUGGCUUGGUUCCUAGCUUUUAUUUGGGCUCUGUGCUGACCCUUGGACAUCUACGAAAUAAUGCACUUUAUAUGGCUGAAGGGAGGGGCCAGGGAGCCAAGAAGGGAAGGUAGCCGCUGCUCCAGAGCGUCUGCUUUCCUUUCAUUUUGGCUCCUCUCACAUGGUGCGCUCGUGAAAACUCCCCUUCCAACUUCCUUCUGAACCUUCUCUCCUUUGGUUCCAUAUUUAGUUUUCUUUUUUUAAAAAAGGCAUGGAGCUCUGAGACUGCCUACAUGCCAUACCCACUGACCCGGAACGCCGCCUUCUCUGAUCCCAGGUGUGUGGCCAUAUGUCUUGAUUUCUCAGGGAUAAAGGAUGUGCACUCUGAAUAUGCUUAGGGGUGCUCUCCCUUUUUUAAUACUUUACACAUUGCAGCUUGGAAUCGGUUCAAACUUUGCCCUAGUCAUCCUGAUUUCUUCUCCUUUUUCAUUUGCAGACAUGGCCGGGGUUUAAACCCACACCUGGCUCCAGAGCAUUAUCAUUAUUUAAGAGAGGCAGUAAAUAUAGAUUUCUCAGUGAAGCGCCCCAUAUGUAUGUGCAGGCCAUUUCAGUUUAGUCCAUGACAACUGACAAGUAGGGGAGAUUCUGCCCUGUAAAUACCAGGGAUGUUGGCAAGUCUUUGGGUCCGAGUUCAAGUCCAACCCUCAAGUCCCAACUCCAAGUCUAUUAAAAACAAGCUUUUUUCCGCAGAGAAAAAGGGAGAGGUGGGUGGCUUCCGAGUUGCGUCCGAGUCAUUGUGGGGGGGGAAGAGUCAGAGUCAAAUCACCUGUGCAACUUAAGUCCAACUUGAUAGCGAGUCCAGCAACUCAAGUCCCCAUCCCUGGCAAAUACCCUCUUGAAAGUUCACCCUGCUUCUGAGUGGCACUUGUUCCAACCUGUUCAUCUGCAGCUGAAACCAGAACUACAUCCACCUGGAGAGGAGCGUAGUGCCAGGUGUGUUAACAUAUGGAGCAAACAUGAUACUAGAGUGGUAGAGGAUGCAGUUAGAAAAUUUGGAAUAAGGGUGAUGGCUUAACUUGGGGAAUUAAUAAACGGGUGGGCUGGGGAAAAGACACAAUAAGAUGUCCAUUACUGUUUGUUUUUACAAUAAAAUCAAAAUGAAAAUAAA